CCAUCGCGGCAAUCUGAAUUGUGGAAGACGAAGUCAUUAAUCAAUCAAGUCUCGAAAUUUAAUCAAAUCGGUCAGAUUGGGUCAAUCUAUUCGCGUGCGUCGUGUUGUGUGCUGCGUGUGGGUGUUUGGGACCGGCUGGCCAGUCCCAUCGAGGAGCGAAAUAAUUGGAAUUUUUAACGCAAAAAAAACGGUGGUUGAGUGAAGCAGGUCAGUAGCGACGGGGUGACGACAAACUGUUUGGGCUUGCACCGAUCGAGAAAUAAUCCAAAAACAGCGAGGGAUUGAUGAAAAUGCAUCAGAACCGUUGCUUUGAUCUCCCGGCCGUGCAACCAUCGACCCCAACCAUGUCUUCGUCUCCGUCGCACGAUGGCACUCCCGGAAGUUCGAGCAGCACCCGGGAUGGGAACAAUAAUCUUCUGAACGGAGACAGCCUGCUGAAGUUGGCCCUGAAGAAACCCAAGUCCUGGCGCUGGGAGUUGACCACCUCUAGCUCCUCGCCAAACGUUUGCUUCCCACGGAUUCAGCUGUUCGACAGUCGAACCGGUGCGUUGAUGAUCGAGGUGGACAAGCCGGACUGUGUGGUACGAAGUGAGGAAGUGUUGAACGGAAGCGGUAGCUCGGGACGGUCGAGAAGUUCGCAGGAGCGGAGGAAUCGAGACGAUCCGAAGUACCGUCGAUCGCGCAGUUCCUGUGUUCGGGAGAAGGUCACCACCACGGGUGAAUUUCUGACCGAUGUGUACGAGCAGCUGCAGGGCAGGGGUAUGGGAUACAAAAUGCCAACGAGUAUUUCGCAGUAUCGAGAGCCAAAACAGGACGACGAUAAUAAUGGGUCGUUCUGUCUGCAGAAGAGCCAGUCGGCUAGCGAAGUGCGAACUGGACUGAAAAAGAAGGUCAGGAAAACCUAUUCCAGUCGAUCCAGUUCUAUAUUGGGAAGAAUAAAUGAGUUACAUCGAAGUUCGUCAGAAGAGGAGCUGAGUCGUCCCACUCCUCACCGUUCGAACAUUCCGGAGAUAUGCGUUAUCGACGAACCGAAGCCGAAAGACAAGCCCAAAAUCUACAAACUGGUGCGCAGCAACGCCGGAACGCUAAUGGUUCGAGAGGAGAGUUUCCACACGAAAAACAGUUUACGGCGGCGUCAGCAGCUGGAGGAGGCAGGUCUAGCGAAUCCAGAGGAUGAGCUCCACGUGGAAAAACGAAUCUUCUUUUCGGACAUUCCUGGCUCCCAGUAUCAUGAUACCGACGAUCUCAUCUCAACGAUUAUGCUUUCGCAUACGCUUCAGGACGUGCAGGAUGACUCGAUCGGAUCGAUGCAAUCGAUGCAAAGAUCGAGACGAAGUGCUAGUGUCGGUAGUAAUUCGCGCGGUCAUAAUGGGCAUCGAAGAAGUCGAGAAUCGCCGCUGGUGACCCAUCCGCGGGGUUCUUCGUCAUCGAAUGAAGACUUGAGCUCCCUUGCGGAGAGCCGAUUUGGAUCGAUCAAGCGGCGUGGACGAGUGAAAUAUAGCAGGAACAAGACCGCAUCCGCAUCGAUUGGCGGCUCCGCGAGCAGUCGACGAACUGGCGAACAGCCGGACGAAAACGGACAAGUAAACGGUGAUCAAACCGGUGGCAAUCGUAAUUGCCAGCGCUCCUCAUUGGCGGCGGUUACGAACUGCAGCCCCGAUAGUGCAAUCGAUACCACCUCCGCUGUAAUCUACGGCGACGACGACGACAACGACGACAACAACAGCAACGACACUGAGCGCAACAAAAGUGACAGCGGAGGCAAAAGAAACCCUACCACCUGCGGUUACGACGACAAAUCCAGCGCCAAGGCGAAGACGCGCCGCGGAGGAACAACCACUCGCUCGUCGUCUUCGUCCUCAUUCCUUGCCGGAACGGUCGCCGCGACCGAUCAGGUCCUGCUGAAAUUAGUCCAACGCAUAGCUUUGCUCAGAAGCAGCAGCAGCAGGAGCGGCAGCAACACCAACGGUGACCCUCCCAGCAAAAAGAGCAAAAAAUCCUCCAACAACAGCAGCAAGAACAAGAAGAACAAGAGCCAGAAGAAGCCCUCAAAGCGUGACAUCGAAAGUGGCAGCAGCAGUGCGGCUGCAGCAAGCGGCGAGGAUAAAAGUGACACUCACGGUCCCGAAGGACGUCUAACGCCGCCGCCAUCGCCACGUGCUGUGGUCGAGGUGCUUAAUACGACCGCCGUUGGUCCGGUCGAGGGCCAGAGUCCACCACUUUCGGUUCGCAAGUUAUUACCACCGGUGGAGGCUGCUUCCGUGCCGAAUAAUAGUGGCAAUUAUCAUGCUCAAAUUGCUCCGCUGUUCGUGGAUAGCGACGAAUCCGGCGAUUCCAGCAGUGCCAACAGCCGGACCAGUAGUGAUAGAACUGAGAUAGGACACCUUGUGGAGCCUCGACAACAACGACCCGUACCGGACAGUAGUAACGCAAUUGAAUGCACAAGCUUCAGUGAACUGAUUUUGGACCGCCAGCAGCAACCGCGUUCCUCUCCGUCGACGCCGACGUCGUCCUUCGCCUUCGGAGGAAGUGAUUGUAAUCUAGAAUUUUGUGAGCUUGAGCAGAGCUGCGACGAGAUUUUGCUGCUUGAAGAGCAGAUCUUCGAGUGCUGUGAACGUGACGCUGGUGACGAUGACGAUGAUGAUGAUGGUAGUGAUGUUGUGAGUCUGAUUAAGCCUGCGGAGGAACAACAGGAAACGAUAAAUUCCCGGCUCAACAACAUGGGAGCCAAUGUGUCCCGCCAUCACGAGAAAGGCCUUACCGGCCGACGGGCGCAAUCAACGGACAAUCUCAAAUCAGACCAAACCCAGCCAUACCAAUAUCAUUACAUCGGAAAUAAUAACAACAACAAUAACAGUAAAUGCGUCCCACCGGAUUUAGCUCCGGGCUGCGAUUUCAUCGGUGGCGAUGGUGAGACUGGUCAGGAUAGGUGCGAAGAGUCACACCAUCCCCAUGAACAGCUGAAUUCCACCACCAACACCACCACCACCGCCGCCGGAAGCAACGGUAUCAACCCACAGGAUCGGAACAAAUUUUGCGGCAGUCUACCGAAUCAUCUCGACGCCGAUGUCGCCUGUGAGGCAAUCUUCAAGCAAAAUGAGUUCCUCCAAACGCACCUGAAAAACGUUCUGGCGACCCAUCAGCAGCAGCAGCCGGAAUAUGUUACAGUGAGUGGCGGGGCUGCUGGUGCCAUCGGAGGCGGAACCAGUGGAUCAACAAAUAUGACAUCCUGCCAGGGCCAACAGCGGCAGCAUCCGCCCACAUACCGCCAGAGUUCUUCUCCCUUCUACUCGAGCAGCAGCGGGAAAGGGUCAACCGUCUCGUCGACUGCCCUCGGAAGUAGCACCUUCCAGAGCGGCACUGGACCAGGAACAGGCGGCGGAGGAGGAGAUCGCUCGGCAAUGAAACUGCCUCUGCACCGGAGCACUGUGGACACUGGCUACGACCAGGGCUACGGAAGUGAACGGUCGCCGGAGGAUGAACUCCCGCCGCCGCUGCUCCUCAUGCACGAAGCGCAGUACAACGAGAUUCUGGCUUCAUCCCAACUCAACCAGCAGCCUCCGAUCAGCGUCAUCGAGCCGAACGAUCUGCAGCGCUUCUGGAACUACGAGAAGGCCGCCGCAAGUCUGAUGGCCAGCGGCGAAUACAGCUUCAUUACCAAAGAUACCGUGUUCCUCGUCCAAGUACCAAAGGGAACCCGCGGGCUGGGUCUAUCCGUAUCGGGUGGAUCGGAUUCGUCCGCCCCCUUCCCGGGGCUGAUUCGCAUCAAAAGACUGUUUCCCCACCAGGCGGCGUGGGCCACGGGAAUGCUGCAGCCGGGCGAUAUUCUGCUGGAAGCGAAUGGGAUUCCACUGACUGGAUUAACCAACUACGAAGCCCUGGAGGUGCUGCGAACUGCUCCCAACUAUGUCACGCUGACGGUUUGCCGACCCCAGGAUGAGCAGUACCGGAAGCUAUCCCCGCCGAGCGAACCUCCGCAGCCACCCACGCGGAAUGCCUUACCCAGCGAGCCUAAAUCUCAGCUGCAGAUGCAAUUCAGCCAACAGCAGCAGCCACAUAUGAUGCCAUACUUCUAUCAACAGCAACAACAUCAGCAGCAGCAGCAGUUUAUCUUCCCCCCGCAAACGCUGGCAUUUACACCUCUGGAUUCGAUUCAUACCAGCUUCAACGGGGAAUUCGAAAUUGUCCUCACCAAGCAGCAGGGCUCGCUUGGGUUCACUCUCCGCAAGGAGGACGAAUCCGUGCUGGGGCACUACGUGCGGGCACUGGUUCGGGACCCCGCCCUAAACGAUGGCCGAAUCAAACCGGGCGAUAAAAUUGUCGCCGUCAACGAUGUUCCUAUCUCGCAGAUGACCCACGAGGAAGCUGUGAUAUUCCUGCGGCAGGCAGCCGAUGUUGUGAAGCUGCGACUCUACCGGGACCAGGCCCAAACUCCCCUUUCCGCCCAGUCGCCAACCGGUGCCGACGGUGACGAACGAGGCAUUUGCUCGUCCGCUUCCACGUCAACCGUUGGCCAUGGCGGCGGCGGCAGUAAACCCAAGCCACAUCUGCGACCCGAGGCGCUGAAUUUGCUGACCGAUAUCGCCUACCGGAAGCAGACGGCAGCAUGCAGUUCGGCCAGUGGUGGUGGCGGCUCCGAUUCGACGAGUUCUUCCGUGAAGUCCAGCAACGCUUCGCCGCGCCGAUUGCGGCGCGGCUUGCAGAACCAAUCGAAGAAGUCCUACGACAAUCAUGGUUACCAACAUUCCGGCGGUGAAACGUCCAACAAUUCCGACUCCGAAACGUCGACGAUCGUGAGCCAGGCUGGAUCGUACCAUCCGCGUCAGCACCACCACCAGGUGGUACCGGGGGCGGGCGUUUACCACAGCGUCUCGUGUCGAUCCUGCGGUGGGAACAUGGUUCCUCCGGUCGUGCACGAGAACCUCGAUGAAUCGUAUUACUGUGAUGAUGAAAUCGACGCCGAGAGUCUGUACGAGGAAGACGGCGGCGAACACCAGAAGAGACCCAAUUACCUUAAUUUGGCCGGCGAAAGUGGGAGCACACCGAUGUCCUCGCGGAAGCCCAGAUUCCAGUUCUCAGUAGCCACCACAAACGCGUACGAGCUGAACAACCUGGACAACGACGCCCUGGAUGCCCCGACGAGGUAUGCCCUCAACGGGGAACCAAUGGCGAUACCUGGGGGCGACGGUGCAGGAGGAGUAGGAGGAGCCCCGGCUGGCAGCGAUCAAUUCAUAAGCCUUCCGUGCGAAACAUUCCUGGUGGCGUGCAAAACCGAGAACGAUCUGAAUGCGGACUCGACGGACGCCAUCUAUGUGAAACAUUUUGCCCACAAAUCACCACUCUACUCGUCGGUCAAUGUGCCCCUCAAGGACACCGGGAACAACGUGAGCGAGGUGGUCGAUGCCGUGGAGAAAGGAGGCAAGAAGAGCCUCAUGAAGUGGAAAGGAGCCACCCUGGCAUCGGACGAGGAAGACACUCCGAGCCACGGAGCGUCCAAUAACGGGACGCCGUUGUCCGGAAUGGCGAGCAGCAGCGAUGGAACCCACACUCGGAACACACCGGACGCGGAUUCGAGCCUGGCGGCCACCAUCGGAACGAGCACUACGACUCCCACGACGGAACGGGAGCUCGAUUUCAAUGGGAGCGGAAUCGAUAGUGGUGGAAACAAGAUUUUCACCGUCGAACUCAACAAAGGCUGGAACAGUCGGUUGGGAUUCAGCUUGAGGCAGGAUAAGGAUGGCAAUCGCACGGUAGUGAGUGCGAUUUACAGCGAGAGCGUCGCGGCCAAAGACGGCAGGCUGAGAGUCGGUGAUCAGCUAAUAAUGGUCAACGACGAAUCGGUUGAGGCGAUGUCCACCGCUCAAGUCAUCGAUCUCCUUCGCAUCAUUCGAGGCUCGAUAUGUCUCCGGUUGAUGCGUAAAAUCGAACCGGCACCAAAUUCCAUCCCCGAAGAAAGCCCCGAUUGUGCGGGUCCGGAAAACGAAACCCAAACGGCGUCACCCAACACCAACCCAGCAACUUCGAGUAGUCCCACACAAUCCUCCGAUCAAGUCGAUCUUCCAGAGUAAGGUAAGUCCCCAUAUCCGAACCGCCGAAACCCUCGCUCCCCGUCUUCAACUCAGGAUUUGAAAAAGAAACAAACAGUUAUUAAACCGACCUGUUAGUGCAAUCACACACACAGAGAAAGCCAUUUUGUACCCACUUGAAAGCAACCUAUCGAACACUGUCUAAAUCAAAUUGUAAUAUUUUUUGUUUGUUUUCUCGAAAUUGUAAUUAUUCCUCACCCCGUAAAAUUGUUGUUUAGUUAUCGAUGAGAAAUAAAGCAUAUUCUAUUAGCAAAAAUCCCAUAAAUUAAAUGAACCCCUCGCACUCGCGCGUCCCCACAAAAAAAAAACGAGUUGCAUUUGCUGUCCAAUUAAUACAAAUCACCGACGAAGGAAAUUGAUAAUAACGCUAGCGAAAACGAAAAAGAGAAGAAAAGAAAAAAACAGAAGAUAACUUUAUGCAAUUUUAUCACAAUAAUAUAAAUUUAACGAAUCGAAUUGAUACCGAUGUUAGAAAGAGAGAGAGUAGCGCGUAAAUAAAAACAGAAACAAUUUGAAACAAAGAUUUAAAAAAUGAACAGCACAGCUGAAAUUUUAUCGAGAGUCGAAACGAAGGAAGGAAUUCAAUUAGCGAAAUUAAAUUAAAGCAAAAUUAUCCGUGUUAACUAAACCAAAAAUACCACAAGUCUGUGUCCGGAUGCCGGCGAAGAGUCUAUUGAAGAAAUAAUAAUGAAUAUAGUAUUUAUAUGAAAUCCA